AUGAUUCAUACACGCGACCAAAACCGGUAAACGUGAAAACAAUAAACAGGAUGACUUAAUCAUGAAUAAAAUAUUAGUGUUUGUAUUGCAGAUUUAAAGGCAACAUGGGAGCAGGCGGAAAGACAGAAAAAGUGCAAGUUUUUUGCCCAUAAAAAAUUUGAAAUAGGUCUAUAAGGCCAGUUGUUGAAGAAGAAGCAGAUCAAUGGCGAAGGAGUUGGAAGGAUUCAAUUUCGAGCAAAGGCAUGGAAAGGCGAGGGUGAGAGUGGGCAGAGUUUGGAGGAGCAAAGAUGGAUGCCGCCACUUCAUGGUCGAAUGGAAUGUUAACAUCAGCUUGCUUUCCAAUUGCGUUGCCGCUUAUGUCCGCGAUGACAACUCUGACAUCGUCGCUACUGACACCAUGAAAAACACUGUUUAUGUCAAAGCAAAGGAAUGUUCAGAACAACUUUCAGCAGAGGAGUUUGCUAUUCUACUUGGCAAGCACUUCACAUCAUUUUAUCCACAGGUUUUUACUGCGAUAGUAAAGAUAGUGGAAAAGCCAUGGGAACGCAUUUCUGUCAAUGGUCAACCACAUGAACAUGGCUUUAAACUGGGAUCGGAAAAGCAUACAACGGAAGCGAUUGUACAGAAGUCUGGUGUUUUACAGCUGACUUCUGGUGUUGAAGGCCUGUCUUUGCUGAAGACAACCCAGUCGGGAUUUGAAGGAUUCAUCAGGGACAAAUACACAGCACUUCCUGAAACACGAGAAAGGAUGCUGGCAACAGAGGUCACAGCUUCUUGGAGGUAUUCUUAUGAAUCUGUCUCUAGCAUUCCUCAAAAGUCGCUCUACUUCAAUGAGCAAUACUUGAAUGUGAAAAAGGUUUUGGUUGAUACUUUCUUUGGUCCUCCUGAACGGGGUGUAUAUAGUGCAUCUGUUCAAAGCACUCUUUUGCAGAUGGCAAAGGCUGUACUUGGCAGGUUCGGUGACAUAUCAUCAGUUAAACUAAAAAUGCCGAAUAUCCAUUUCUUACCUGUUAAUAUAUCAAGCAAGGAUCACGGCAGCAUUGUAAAGUUCAAUGAUGAUGUAUAUCUUCCGACGGACGAACCUCACGGAUCGAUUGAAGCUAGCUUGAGCCGAUUCUGGUCAAAGAUGUAGUAGGUACAAGACAAACGUAGUGUAUGGUGGAAGAAGGGUAUAAUAAAUUUCUGCUUCACGCUUUGUUCAUUAUCUAAUAAUGAUAAUCAGAAGGACAGUCUGGUUUACGUAUGUUAAAGAAGUAAUAUUAGUGCAACAUGUUGAUGUGUAACAACUUCAAAACAGUUAGCAGUUGUUGGGUUAAUAAAUUGUGUUCCUUGUUUGGGUUCUUCGUUUUA